GCUGAUGGUUAAAAAAAAUCGUUAGUUUAUUGCUAUUAAUCACUAUCAACGGUCAAUGAUAUCACCUUCAGAGCUGCAAGAUCGAACAACUCUUACGGCUUUAUUUCUUUCCUUGACUUCGAAUCCAAAGUUCCGGAAUUUUGACUGUUGAGAGCGUGAAAGAUCGCUGAUCUUAUAAAUAUCAAAGCUUGAAUAUUUGGCUGGCAGCUUGGCUCAGUAAUGUUGUAAUUUCUAGCUCAGUGUUUUGCCGGGGACAUUCUGAGUUCCAUUGCCAGCAGCCAUGGCGAUCGCAACGGUGUUAUUUGUAGUUCUAGCGGUGGGAUUUUUGGGUGCGGAGUCAGAGUAUAUAGAGUACAAUACCACACAAAGGAUCGUCCCUGACAAAAUCAAUGUCCACUUGGUGCCUCACUCUCACGAUGAUGUCGGCUGGCUCAAAACUGUUGAUCAAUACUAUGUUGGAGCCAACAAUUCCAUUCGGGGUGCAUGUGUGCAGAAUGUAUUGGAUUCCGUUAUAUCUGCGCUACUGGAUGAUGAGAAUCGCAAGUUCAUCUACGUUGAGAUGGCAUUUUUCCAGAGAUGGUGGAGACAGCAAAGCAAAGCGAUGAAAAUUAAGGUGAAGGAGCUUGUCAACUCGGGUCAGCUGGAAUUCAUAAAUGGGGGCAUGUGUAUGCAUGAUGAGGCCACCCCGCAUUAUAUUGAUCUAAUUGAUCAGACAACUCUGGGGCAUCAAUUCAUCAAAGAGGAAUUUGGUAAGAUUCCAAGAGUUGGCUGGCAGAUUGAUCCUUUUGGCCAUUCUGCAGUUCAGGCUUAUAUGCUUGGUGCCGAGCUAGGAUUUGAUUCGCUUUUUUUCGCAAGAAUUGAUUACCAAGAUAGAGCCAAACGAUUGAAGGAGAAGACUCUUGAGGUUGUUUGGCAGGGUUCCAAAUCUCUUAGAUCCUCUUCACAAAUAUUUACUGGGAUAUUUCCCAGGCACUAUGAUCCUCCUGAUGGUUUCACUUUUGAGAUAAAUGAUGUUUCCUCUCCUAUUCAGGAUGACGUUCUCCUGUUUGAUUAUAAUGUUCAAGAACGAGUCAAUGACUUUGUAUCUGCAGCUUUAGCUCAGGCUAAUGUUACUAGGACAAAUCACAUUAUGUGGACAAUGGGGACUGACUUCCGUUAUCAAUAUGCGAAUUCAUGGUUCAGACAGAUGGACAAGUUUAUCCAUUAUGUAAAUCUGGAUGGACGUGUUAAUGCAUUAUAUUCAACACCAUCUAUCUAUACUGAUGCAAAAUAUGCAGCAAAUGAGGAAUGGCCACUCAAAUUUGAUGAUUUCUUCCCGUAUGCUGAUCAUCCAAAUGCAUAUUGGACUGGCUACUUUACAAGUAGGCCAGCUUUGAAGGGUUAUGUCAGAGUGAUGAGUGGUUACUAUCAGGCGGCAAGACAACUCGAAUUCUUUAAAGGAAGGAGCAAAUCAGGGCCAAAUACUGAUGCCUUAGCAGAUGCUUUGGCAAUUGCUCAGCAUCAUGACGCAGUUAGUGGUACAGAAAGACAGCAUGUUGCUGCUGAUUAUGCAAAGCGAAUCUCAAUGGGCUAUUUGGAGGCAGAGAAGUUGGUUUCAUCUGCUCUUAGUUUUUUGAUAAACCAAGGACAAAGUUUGCAUGGAGGGAAUCCGGUGACUGACUUGCAGCAGUGUCCUCUUCUGAAUAUAAGUUACUGUCCUUCCUCAGAAGUUAAUUUGUCUGACAGGAAACACUUGGUGGUUGUUGUGUAUAAUCCUCUUGCAUGGAAGAGGGAGGAAGUAAUUCAAAUCCCUGUUUCCAUAGAAGAAGUUUUUGUCCAGGACUCUGCUGGGAAAGAAGUUGAGUCUCAGCUUCUGCCUUUAUCAAAUGCCACUAUACGGAUCAGAAAACAUUAUGUCAAAGCACAUAUAGGAAAAGCUCCUUCUUCAGAGCCCAAGUAUUUGCUUGCAUUUUCAGUGUCUGUGCCACCCCUUGGUUUCAGCAUCUACAGAGUCUCGAAGCCUAAACAGACAAGACAAAGCUUGACAAUCUCCAAGGCAUUUGGGUUUACAAAUAAUAGCAUAGAAGUUGGACAGGGGAACCUGAGGCUACUUUAUUCUGCAGAUGAAGGGAGACUUACUCAUUACACUAACAGCAGAAAUAUGGUUAGAGCAUCAGUUGAACAAUCAUACAGUUAUUAUUCUGGAAAUGAUGGAACAGAUAAAGAUCCUCAGGCUUCUGGGGCGUAUGUCUUCCGUCCAAAUGGUUCGGUGCCCAUAAGGCCUGAUCCCCAGAUUCCUAUAACUAUCCUACGUGGUCCUGUAUUGGAUGAAAUACAUCAACAGCUCAACCCAUGGAUAUCUCAGACUACAAGGAUAUUCAAGGAAAAGGAGCAUGCUGAAGUUGAGUUCACCGUUGGGCCUAUACCUGUGGAUGAUGGCAUUGGGAAAGAAAUCAUUACUCAAAUUACAACUAAAAUGAAGACCAACAAGACAUUCUAUACUGAUUCCAAUGGACGUGAUUUCAUUAAAAGGAUUCGAGAUUUUAGGACAGACUGGGAUCUACAAGUAAAUCAACCAAUUGCUGGAAAUUAUUACCCUGUUAAUUUAGGAAUAUAUAUGCAAGAUAGUGGCAUGGAACUCUCAGUGUUGGUGGACCGUUCGGUAGGAGGAUCAAGCUUGGUGGAUGGUCAAGUAGAGCUGAUGCUCCAUAGGAGGUUACUUCAUGAUGAUUCAAGAGGUGUUGGUGAGGUACUCAAUGAAACAAUUUGCACUGCUGAUCAGUGUGAAGGAUUAACUAUCCGAGGAAAGUUGUAUCUUAGAAUUGACCGCAUUGGUGAAGGUGCCAAAUGGCGUCGAACUGUAGGCCAGGAAAUAUAUUCACCACUGCUGUUGGCCUUUACAGAACAGGAUGAGGACAAAUGGUUGCACUUCCCCUUGUCAACAUUUUCUGGCACGGAGUCCUCAUACAAUUUACCAAACAACACUGCCCUUUUAACCCUCCAGGAACUUAACAAUGGAAAAGUGCUCAUUAGAUUGGCUCAUCUUUAUGAGAUUGGAGAGGACAAAGAUUAUUCAGUAAUGGCAAGCGUAGACUUAAAAAUGCUGUUCCCUAACAAGAAGAUAAUUAAAGUGACGGAGAUGAGUUUGUCUGCUAAUCAAGAAAGAGCUGAAAUGGAAAAGAAGAGGUUAAAAUGGAAGGUUCAAGGCUCUUCUGAAGAACAUAAGGUGGAAAGAGGAGGCCCUGUUGAUCCUGCCAAGUUGGUGGUUGAACUCGCUCCCAUGGAGAUUCGGACAUUUCUUCUUGACCUUGAUCCCCUUCUAGCUGUUGCUGGACGAGGAGAUCAUGGAGUGAUGUGAUAGAACAACUCACGUUGCCAGCUGAUGUUCCAGUAAUAAGUUUGUAAAUAGAAGAACAGUUUUUUAGCUUGUGAGUUGCAGUAACUAAGAGAUCCAGAAAAUGACCGUUCUUCAUUUGCUUAGUCAAACUAUGAGAGAUAUCUGUCUAGCCCUGACAAGUAUUGUUUUCUGGCCUGGCCAGCUUUUGUAAAAUCAUGCAUCACUCCGCAAUAUCAACUUUCUUUCUCUCCGCUUAUCCUUA